AUGUCGGAGAAACAUCAGGUGAUUGAACUCAGUGACGACGAGGAUCCAGACGUUGUCAUGACUGCGGUUGAAGAACCCGAGGAGGAGGAAGAGGAGGAAGUGCAGACCGAGUUCUGUGAACUCCGAGACGCUCAGAAUCUGCCGGAUUCGGAGGGAAAUAUUUGUAUUCGACGUGGAACUACAGAGGACAAAUCGUACUAUCUUGCCCCACAUAUUGCUCGAAUUAUCAAACCCCAUCAGGUGAGCGGUGUGCGCUUUCUCUUUGAUAAUCUAGUGGAAAAUCAGACGGAGUUCAAUCGCAGUGAUGGUUUCGGUUGCAUUUUGGCACAUUCAAUGGGUCUAGGCAAAUCUAUUCAAGUAAUCGCCUUCCUUGAUCUGGUCUUCCGGUACUAUCCUGCCCUCCACACUGUCCUUCUUAUCGUCCCUAUCAAUACCCUCCAGAACUGGCAAACCGAGUUUCAAAUGUGGCUUCCAUCUGCCCUCUACAAUCCAGAAGAAGAGACUAAACCCAAAGUGAAUGGCCAACAAUCCUCUUCAUCCGCUGCAAGCACCCCUACUCAGUUGCCAAUGUCAUCCACUUCCACUCACCAGCAGUUCUUGGCCCCCACUCCUCUUGCUCAGCACCCACCACCCCCAUCCGUUGUACAUUCUGAACCCUCUCUCCUCUCCCUAAUUAAUGAUUCUCCCCCUCCACAAUCACCAAACGUGAAUGAACAAGGUAAUCAACUGCUCAACAAUGACAGCAAUAUCGACCCAAUCUUAUCUGGGGAACCUCAAUUCCCACCACCACCCCCAUCCCAUACUCAACCCCCAUCUCAAGUUGAAUCGACAAUUUCAGAGGAAUCGCAAUUACAACGUGAACCACCACCCUUCCGACUACAUGUUAUAAAGGACACCACCAAGUCGUUGGAUGCUCGUUACCAGGUUGUCGCAGAGUGGACUAAGGUUGGAGGUGUACUCCUGAUGGGUUAUGAGAUGUUUCGAAUGCUCACUACUCCCAAGAAACAGGCGAAAGUGCAUAAUAUGCCAAGUAUGAAUCCCUUUAUUUACGGUGGUGGUGGAUUUGGAAGCAUUCCAAUGAGUACCUCGGCUACGUCUCUGUUUCAACCUCCCUCUAAUCCUCCACCCUCCAUUGUGUCGGAGACAGGAAGUAAGAAGCGGAAACGACCUAUUAUGAUUGAUAUUGAUAAGGAGGAGAAGGAGGAGCAUAUGCUGAAAGACAUGCGGAUUGCAUUGGCUGAUCCCGGGCCCCAGAUUGUAAUUUGCGAUGAGGGACAUAGAAUAAAAAACAGUGAGGCUUCUAUCUCGAGGGCUCUAAAGGCUCUUAAAACAAAACGGCGUGUGGUAUUAACCGGUUACCCCCUUCAAAACAAUUUAAUGGAGUACUGGUGUAUGGUUGACUUCGUUCGACCCAAUUACCUUGGCUCCAAGGCCGAGUUCACCAACAUGUUCCAGCGUCCAAUUGAGAAUGGUCAGUGUGUGGACAGCACAGAAGCGGAUAGAAAAUUGAUGCAGGGUAGAGCCCAUGUUCUCCAUGGUCUUCUCUCUGGUUUCGUCCAACGCAGAUCGCACGCGGUCCUUAAAGCCAGUCUACCUCCAAAACAGGAGGUGGUUCUUAUGGUGAGAAUGUCUCCACUUCAACGUCGUCUCUACACAGCACUGAUGAAUUAUAUUGCCACCACUUCAAAUUCCUAUGGCUCGGGAGUGCCUACAGCUAACACAUUGCAGACGUAUGCCCUGUGCUGCAAGAUAUGGAAUCACCCAGACAUUCUUUGGAGAGUGGUUCAAGAAAAUGUAGAUGAAGCGUUGGAUUUUGAAAUAGACGAUCAAACGAAUUCGGGUAAUGGGACAACUUCCCGAGUAAAACGGAAAACAAAUGGAAGCAAUUCAGUAACAAGCUCAAUUAGCGAGGACAAAUACGCAUGGCUGACUCAUGACCUAUGGGGCGAAAAUUUCAGAGCUGGUGAUGUCCAGAACAGCGGAAAGCUCAUUAUCUUCCUCUCACUGCUCUGGAAAAGCGUCCAUGCUGGUGAUAAGAUGCUUCUCUUUUCUCAAUCACUUCUCACUUUGGAUUUGAUUGAACGUCUAUUGGGAAGAUUGCCUCUCGAUAGUGAGCGACCACCAUCUCCCUCGCAAACCCAGGCCUCACAGGAGCAGCUUCAACAACAAAGGCUUGAGGAAGAAGAAGAGACAGAGAAAACUCUCCAUUAUCGAUUUAAUAGGAGAUUGGGAAAUGAUCCCUCAAAGCAGCCUCAAGUUUGGGUCAGAAAUGUCCAUUACUUCCGUCUUGAUGGAAGUACAUCAGCUACUGAUCGAGAUCGUCUUAUUCGACGGUUUAAUGAUCCUUCUAAUCCAGUUAAACUCUUCUUAGUUUCAACAAGGGCUGGUUCUCUCGGAGUUAAUCUAAUUGGAGCCAACCGAGUGGUGGUGUUUGAUGCUUCGUGGAAUCCUUGUCAUGAUUGUCAAGCCGUUUGUCGAGUUUAUCGAUAUGGGCAAGAGAAACCGUGCUUCAUCUAUCGUCUUGUCUCAGACAAUACCAUGGAACGCAAAAUCUAUGAUCGUCAGAUUAAUAAGCAAGGUGUGUCUGACAGAGUGGUAGAUGAGAUGAACCCGGGGCAACAAUUUACACGAGCUCAAGUUGGUGUUCUAAUGGCCUAUGAGGAUAAAGACAUGCCAGUAGUCUCUGAUGAGGACUUGAAAUCAAUUUCCGAAAUCACUGACAGUGAUCCUGUUCUAAAAGCGGCAUUAGAACGCAAUAAGGAGUGGAUUACUAUGAAACCAUUCACUCAUGAGUCUCUGCUAAUCGAUCGGAAGGACUAUCGAUUGACACGGGUGGAGAAACGUAUUGCUUAUCAGCGCUACCAACAAGAAAGAAUCAAUUCGGUGAAUAUCCAUGGUACUGGAAGAUCGAUGUCGGCAUUGCACUAUCAAAUGAUGGCAGCAGCAGCGGCUUCUGGAGUCCAAUUCAAUCCCUAUGGAGGUUCGAUGGGGCCCAUGGGCUUCAACUAUCCAGCAAACCAGGUUCGUGGAACGCCGAAUAUUCUUUCCAAGAGUGGAGGAAUUAAUGCUAUGAACCAGGGCGCCUACGGUGCUACGAACCCCUACGGUUUCUUCUCCACGGGACUUGAAGAUCCCUUGGCGGCAGCUCGUCGAUACGAUGGUAUUCAGCGCAAUCGAAUGCUGCAGAAGGAUUUGGAUGAGGCGAGAAUUCGCGCUGUUUCUCGAGAAAUUGGCAUUACACUUCCAAGCGGGCCUUUGGGAAGUGAUUACAAAAUCACUCGUGUAGCAGCUUCGACUGAUUUGGUAUUUCCGCAAUCCACUCAUCCACCAGCCCCCGAACGAAGCAUUCCCAAGGGUGAGAUAGUGGAGAUUAUUCAGGCGGGUCCUAAUGGAAAAUAUCUCCGUUUACCCCGAACUGGAGACAUUUACGUCGUCAAACCAGGCGCCUCCUCCACUUCAGCUACUAAGGGUUCGGACGCUGAUGACUCGGCAAAAGGUAGUAAUGGUGCACCAGCUAAACAACAGCACCAAAAUCAACAAGCGCAAUCAUCCCAACAACAACAACAACAACCGAUUCAGACCCAGAUGAAUCAAAUACUGGGAGAAAGCAUGUCUCAGCAAGUCCCAACUAGUCAUCCGUCCAACCCAUCUCAACCUCCUGUUUGUCCCCGCUGUAGACACCCAACCGUCCCUUCGGGUUGUCUCUGUUCACCGCAACAACAAAUUUACACAACAACCCAACAUCAAGCCACCAACGCGCCAGCAACUCAAAUGCCCUACCACCCACCGACGUAUACUAAUCAAUACGCCCUCCCAACAGCCCCCUAUGUUUCGUCACCACCUCCCAACCCCCCAACCAACACCCCUGCUUCUCACAGUUACCCUAACUACUGA